AUGGAAUCAAAUAAUCCAUUCGCCACAGGUUUCUCGUUCUACACUGCGACAGCUUCCUCUUCUGAGGGCUGCUUCAGCCACAGUAACUUCACCAGCCAGCCAAUGUUUUCUGAUCAGCCCCCUCCAAAUCAAAGGAAUGACGACAAAAGAAAACAAACUCGCAGCAACGGGAGCGAAGAAAAUAAUAAUAACAAUAGGAAUGAAAAGCGUGGUCGAAGUAAUAAUCAACGUAAAACUUCUGAGUACCUGGGAGUUAGCAGGCAAGCAGGUCGUUAUGAAGCAUUUAUAUGGGACAGCAGCGUUCUUAAACCAGGAGACAAAAGGAAAUCUGCAGGUGGGUUCGAGAAUGAAAUAGACGCAGCAAAAGCGCGCGACUUGUUUGCCAUCAAAAUCUGGGGCAAUUCCGCUCGUACAAAUUUUCCUCCUAGUACGUACGGGAAAGAGCUCCUAGAAAUGAAGGAUAUGAGCAGAGAGGAGUGCAUUGCUGCUAUUAGAAAGAUGAGUAAUGAUGAUAGGAUGAAGAGGAUGGCUAGUAAGGGCCUCUCAGUUUAUCGUGGAGUCUACAGGAUCCCAGAGCAGAAUCGAUGGCAAGCCAGGGUAGGUAAAGGCAAAAACCUACGAGGCCUUUACGUGGGCACAUUUGAUUCGGAGGAGGAGGCGGCCAGAGCAUUUGAUAUAGCGACAAUAAGACUGAAGGGCCCGACCGCCGCCACAAACUUAAAUUUCGACCGGCAAUCUUAUGAUAUCGAAAGCAUUCUUAAAAGUACUAAGAUUCCAAUCGGAAAGGGUGCUUCCAAGUUGAUCAAGAAAUGCACAGCGGAUGAGAUUCUUUCGCGCAUCACUGACAACAAUCCAGACCCACCUUCGACCAACUUCUUAGAACAGUAUCAUCUGAUGAACCCUCACCUCGUGAACACUGACCCUGUUGUCUCUUGGGAAGUUGCUGAUUCAGUGAAUGAGUUUGGAGUUCCGAUUGGCGAUCCAUUCGGAGAACAAAACCAGACGGUGGCGAAUAGCGAAACGUUUGUGUAUGGGGAUAGUAAUGACCCGAUGAGAUUCCGACCAGAUGGGUUUUCGGAGUUUCCUAUAGAGGUGGAAGACAAUACAGAAUCUCUAUGGAAUGAAGUGUAUGGUGAAUCUCUAAUGGACCAUUUGCUGAGCGCAAGUGAUUCAUUGAAUGAGUUUGAGAAAGGUCUUGAUUCUAUGGCGGAUAUCGACUGGAUUUUCGCUGAGGAGGAGCCUCAAGAACCUGCUGGUGGGAUCAACCAGACCACUAAAUGA